AUGUAUUUACCAAAGACUGAAAACUGUAUGAAGUACGAUGAAGACGUCCUAGAAUGCACUAUGCCAGAGAAACUGGCUCGUACUGGUCUCAUGAAUCCAUUAGAAGAGAUGAUAUCCCACUCCAAGGAUGUCUUGAGCAACCUGGGUGCCACCAGGCCUAAGAAGGCUGAGGUCUCUGAAGCAGACCUCUACGAAGACAAUGGUGGCACUACAAUCACGAUCAAGGUGGAUAAUAAGCUGAUUAUUGCAGCAGACACCAGAUUGAAUUCUGACUACAACAUCUACACCAGAAAGAGCACCAAAAUCCAUCGCAUAGGCGACUUCUUCCUGACUACCGCUGGCUUCUUUGCUGAUGGCUACUCCAUUGCCACUCGUCUCAAUUACGCCCUGAAACAGUACGAACAGUACGACACGAUCUCCCUCUCCUCAAUGGCCCAGCUGCUCCACCACGUCCUCUACAACAACAGGUUCUUUCCACUUUACAGCUACUGCUGCCUAAGUGGAUUUGAGACCAUCAAUGGAGUCAAACAGGCCAUGUUGUACUCGUACGAUUGUGUUGGAUCCUACCAGAGUGUCGCAUGCCGCGUAGAUGGCACUGGAACCAAAAUGAUUCAGCCACUUUUGGACAGCUGGAUCGAUGGAAAGAACUUCGAAAACUACCAGGGAAUCAAAUUCGAUGAUGCACUGAAUUUGAUCAAAAAGGCCUUUGAUUCUGCUGCUGAAUCAGACAUCAAAACAGGAGACCAUCUCGAGGUCGUGGUAGUCGAUGAACGAGGCCCAAGAAACGAGCUAAUUGAUUUGAGAAAAGACUAA